AUGCUGGAUAUUGCCUCAUACCUCCUGGUUGAUCCACUGCUGGCUCUUUUGUCCGACUUAAUUGUUUCAAAGGUCAACGCUAGCACACUGGUAUAUGCAUAUCAUAAAGCAGAAUAUCGUUACGUACCACUGGCUGAAAAGCUAUGGAAGAUAAUUGUGCAGGAAUAUGAUCGUUUGGUGCAAAAUAAUACAUACCUCAUGUUACAUUUAAAUAUCGAUAAACAAUAUGAGGUGGAAAUGGUUCGACAAUGGAUUGCGGCAAAUGAAAAUGGUGACGGAAGUGUGGCCAAAUUACGUGAAGAGCUGCUUGACGUAGACGAGUUAGCAGGCUUCAGCAAGGAUGCACGUUUGCCCAAUUCAAUUCUGAUUGCUAGUGGUGGUUGGUCAAAUACCGGCCCGACAGCGCUUGUAGAGGCGUUUGAUUCUCGUACACAGCAGUGGGUUCGCUCAAAGCUGAAGUUAUUCGAGACUCCGCGUGCGUAUCAUGCUGUCAUCAAUACACAUGGAUAUUUAUACACCAUUGGCGGUUUUAACGGUGAUGAAUAUUACCGUACAACGAGGAAAUUCAGCAUGAACAGUAGACGAUGUUACCUUGCGUGCACUUUGCUCGAUCCCGACCAGAUAAUUGCAGUUGGCGGUUAUAAUAAUAUGGACAGAUUGAAAUCCGCGGAAAUUUUCCAUUUACCGACAAAUCAGUGGCGUAAAAUUGCCAAAAUGAGCUUCAAAAGGUUUGGUUUAGAAGCAACUGAAUGGCAUUAUACUUUGAUGGAACUGAAUGGUUUUGUAUACGCUGUUGGUGGAUUCGAUGGGAUGAACUGUCACGAAAGUGUGGAAUACUACGAUCCACACGGCAACCGCUGGUUUACAAUGGGCAGUGAUAUGUCAAGCCGACGUUCCGGCGUCAGGGUUACUAAGCUACAUGGAGUAAUGGUGGUUUGUGGAGGUUUUGAUGGUACCAAUCGUUUGAAAACAUGUGAAUUCAUCGAUUCUAGGGAAGGAAGGUGGCACACUAUUUCUCCAAUGAAUCGCACACGGUCUGUUAAUCCCAAACAUACAGAAGUAUGCAUAUUCCAGAGUGCAAAAUUAAGAAAGCGCAACACCACCGGUCAUCUGAUUUCAAGCAGCUGA